AUGGAUGAGGGCGGCAGCGAACAAGACUCGGUUGAGACACUCCUGGAACAGUACCGUAUUGUCGCUGCCAACCAACAAGUGCCUCGAACGGAACGGGAGGUAUUGGAGAGACUGGUGGAGGCAUAUGCAAGAGAACCAGGUGAAGAUGAUCUUACUCUGGCCUUUGCACUUAACAACUUGGGAAUUCAGCAGCGGAAAGACGGAAUUCAGAAGCGGCGAAUCUCAUAUUUUGGUGAUUCCCUGAAGAAACACGAAAGAGCUCUUGAGAUACAGUUGAAGCUAUUGGGGGAAGCACACGUUGAUACAGCAAGGACCUACGCAAACAUCGGCAGAAAUUUUCUGGAAAAGGGUACAACCUUCGAUCGGGACAAAGGUAAAAACUUCGAAAAAGCCGAAGGAUCAUAUCGAAAAGCUCUGGAUAUCAUGAACAAGCUUCAAAUUAUUCGGCCACAAGAGUCAUUCGAUUUGACGAAAUGGAACCAGCAUCUAGUGGUAUCAUUGAAAGGCCAAGGCAAGUAUUCAGGAGCAAUAAAGACUCAAAAACUCGUACUUUCGACGCUAUUACAAAAGCACGGGGAGGACCACCAUACCAUUGUGCUGGCAUACCACUGCAUUGCAGGACUGUUGAAAGCCCAAAAUAGGUUUGACGAUGCUCUUCAGAUGCUUGAUAAAGCCAUCGCAAUCUGCUCGCGACUAGAACAACUGGGAGACUUCGACAGAACUAUAUUGGGACUAUUGCUCCGCAACAUAGCAGAAGUAAUGGAAGCCAAGGGAGAUGUGGAAUGUGCUUUGGAGUUGUUCACCAAAUUGCUAAUGCUGCAAUUGGAUACGCUUGGUGAAAUGCACCCCGCAACAGCAGAUACCUAUGAAAAGAUUACAAAAGCAUAUAUGCAGAAGGGAAUGGUGGAAGAUGGCAUAAAAAAUCUCACGAAGGUUGUAGAGAUUCGUCGACAAGUGCUUGGUGAUGAUCAUCCCGACACAAAGGAUUUACAGCUGUCCUAA